AUGAAUAUUGGAUUUCAUGUAUGUGGUUGUGGCAGGUACAAGGGCGGCAUCUUCAGGUUUCAGAUAUGGUUUCCGAACAAUUAUCCGAACAAACCGCCACGAUUGAAGUGCUUGACGCCAGUGUAUCACUGCAACAUUGAUGCCCGUGGGACUGUAUGUUUGGAUGUGGAGGACGACCUCUUGCGGUUGAAGCCAUCCCGAGAAACAGAGGUCCAAGAGCUGAGUUCAACAAGAAUUUCGGCAUUUUGCUUGGUGCAGGCACUGCUGUCGCUGCUUGCUGCACCAGUGCCCGAAGAUGGCUUGGUAGCAGAUGCAAGCAAAUUGUACGUGUCGGAUAGACAAGAAUACAACCGAAGAGCGCAUGAGUGGACCAUCAAGCAUGCUUUCUAA